AUGACUUCUGCAACUUCAGCAACAGCCGCGCCCUCUUCCGGCGGUGGGCGCAAGGACUUCAAUGUGGCGGUGGUGGGCGGUGGGAUUGGUGGGCUGACGCUCGCCAUUGGGCUGCACGACCGUGGCGUGCCCGUGCACAUCUUCGAGAGCGCGUCCAAGUUCGCCGAGAUCGGAGCGGGGAUUGCGAUUGGACCGAAUGCGCAGAAUGCGCUGCAGCGUCUGGGGCUCUACGAGAGCUUUCUGCAGUUUGCCGACUUUCCGUCGCGCAACCUCUUCUUCCAGUGGCGCAUGGGCGAGGGCGAGGAGCAGCGUCUGCUCUCCGAGACCAUCUGCAAGCAGUACGGCAUGGCGAGCAUCCACCGUGCCGAGCUGCUCGACACGUUUGUCAAGCGCAUGCCCACCGAGCUGUGCAGCUUUGGCAAGCGGCUCAAGGACAUCCAGCAGCCCGAGUCGGCCGAGGGCAAGGUGCGCAUCACGUUUGAGGACGGCUCCACCCACGAUGCCGACCUGGUGAUCGGCUGCGAUGGCAUCCACAGUCGCGUCCGAGGUGCGCUGGAUCGUGCCACCGCGGGACCCUCGGCCGUCGCCGGCUCCGACUCGCUGGUCUGGAGCGGCAGCUGGGCGUACCGUGGGCUCAUCCCGCGCGAGCGCUUCGUGGCUGCGCUGGGCAAGGAAAAGGGCGAAUUCUAUGCGGACACGGCACAGAUGCUGCUGGCCAAGGACUCGCAUGUUCUCAUCUUCCCCAUCCACGGCGGCAAGACGGUCAACAUUGUGGCGUUCCGCACCGACCGUUCGCGCUGGCCGCAACGCACGCCGUUCCCCAAGGGCGAGGCGUGGAUCCAAGAGACGAGCAAAGACGAGCUGAUGCGCGACUUUGACAACUACAGCUCGGACGUGGUCAAGAUGGUGGAGUGCAUCGACAAGCCGAGCAAGUGGGCGCUGCAUCAGGUGGUGCCGUCGCUCACUUCGUACAUCAACGGCCGCGUGAUUGUGGCGGGCGAUGCGGCGCACGGCGGAGUGCCUCACCAGGGCGCCAUGGCGGGCCAGGCGAUCGAGGAUGCGCUGUUUCUGUCGAAUCUGCUCUCGCAUCCGCGCGUCAAGGCGCAGAAUCUCACCAAGGCGCUCGGGGCAUACGACACGAUCCGCGUGCCGCGAGCCAACCGCGUGCUGGAAUCGAGCCUCGAGGCGGGCGACACCUACGAGUUCCGCGGCGUCGCGGCCGACGAUCCGGCCAAGCUGGGCGAGCACCUGGUGGAGCGCUUCGACCACAUUUGGGACUACGAUUUGGACAAAGAGAAGCAGCAGAUGGAAGAGUGGCUCGACGCCAACCUCUGA